CAAAAAACCCCAAGCUUAUUAUUUAUAGUAACUAAUAAUUCAUAAUGAACAUAAUGAAUGAAAAUUUCCUAAAUGAUAAUAAACUAGAUAAUAAUUAUCUGAUUGAGGAUUUGCUAAUAAAUGAUGAAGCAGCAUUAUUACACUUGCAAAAUUUUAACAAUUCACAACAAAGCUUGGGUUUUAAUGAAAAUAAUCUCGAUAUCACAAACUAUCCCCAGCCAAACUAUUUGAACCCAAAUUUCUCAAAUAACCUUAUUCUGUCUUUCACAUCAAACUGGAUUUCACCAGCUUCAUUCAUAGACUCUCCUGCAUCGUCUAGCAAUGCAUCCACUCCAUUAAGUUAUGGCAUAAGCAGUAAUAUCUUUUCUCCUGUUUCUGGUCAAGAAGAUCUAAGAAACAACACUUUCUCCCCAAUAACUCCUUUAGAUAAUUUGAGAACAAAUGCAAUUUUGAAUCCAAAUCUAUCUAAUAAUGUUUAUCAGUAUUUGUCUAAAAGUCAACCCAAUUUCAAUUCGUUUUCUGAUAAUAUCUUUCAUGAUAAUUUCAUAAUGAAUAACUUAAACAGUAAUAUCAACAUUGCACAGAUGGAUAACAUGAAAACUCUUAACAAUUACCAACUAAAUUUCAAUAAUUCUAUUCCUCAAAUUCCUCAAACAAACAGUAUCAACCCAAUCAAUGAUCCUGAAGCAGCAGUCAAUGAUCCUGAAGCAGCAAUUAAUGAUCCUGAAUCAACAAUUAAUGAUCCUGAAUCAGCAAUCAAUGAUCCUGAAUCAGUAAUCAAUAAUAACUCAUUUCAAAUGGCUUAUUCUCCUACCCAAGUGAUGAGAACAUAUCAAAACACCGAAGAUAUUAUUGCAAACUCAAACGAUCUUAAUACGUCUCUGAACCCAACCCCAAACACUUUCAACAAUACACCUUUCAACUCAACUCCAAACACUUUCAAUAAUGCAUCUUUUAAUUCAAACUCAAACACUUUCUAUAAUACACCUUUUGAUUCAACUUCUCCUUCAAUUUCCAAUAACAAUAUGAAUUAUCGAUCAUCAAAUCUGACUGGAAGCUUUACAAUGUGUCAAGCACCAAUACCAUCGAAUAGCAUAUACACAGCUGAUCAAUUCUAUCCAAUGUCAUUUCAAUAUCGAAAAAAUAUUCUUCCAAAUGCUUCUAAAUUACACAUCACUGACGAAAAUCAAAAACCCCCAACAAAAAAGAAAACCAUCGUCCAACUAAUGAGAGAACAUCCAAAAAUCUGGGAUUUAGCCAACAAGUUCAAAAUCAAAAAAGGUGCUUAUAAGUGUACUCAUUGUGAUCUUUCUUUUUUGACACAGGCUGAUUUUGCUAAACACCUUGAUGAGUUUGGCAUUGAAAGACCACAUAAAUGUCCAGAGGCAACUUGUCCAUAUCGAUUUAUUGGAUUACCAAGAAGAGCAGACCUCAGAAGACAUGCAGAGAGCCAUGGUUAUAAACUUCCAAAUGCAAACAAUACCGAAAGCCUUCAAGAAUUGGAGCAAAAGGAUAUACAAAUUGCCUUGAGUCAUGCUACUAUCAAAAAGACAAAAGUAAAUAUUUGUCCAAUUUGUAAAAACACAUUAGGAAGAAAAGAUUCAUUAACUAGACACAUCAAUCUCUGUCACAAAAAUCAAAAUAGCAGAUACAAUAAGAAAAUUAGAAAAGAGUUGGAAAAAAAAAAAGAGGAAGAAAAAAAAAUUGAGCUCUUAAAAAAGUAUUCAAAAUGCAAUGUUAUGAGCAUUCCCAGUUCUUUUACCAGAAGUUCAAUCAGUGACCAAUCAACAAGUACUGAUUUUUCUGAUAAUAACGCCAAAUAGUUCUUCUAAUAUUUUACCAAAUCAGAUUAAUUCAAAAAUAUAAGAUAUUAUCUCAAUAGCUCAAUAUUUUUAAUUACUAAUUUUUUUUGUUUUCCAGUUAUCUCAUUGCAUUUCAUUCGCUUUUAUUAUAACCAAAAUUCAUUUGCUUCAAAACAUC